AUGGACCCCACUGCGGACAGACGGUCUUCGCAGAACUCGGGGCUUAAGUUAGGAACGGUGCCUGGGAAGGGGCUUCCAGCUACGUUCCCUCGGGAACUCCCCUUGCUCACAGCAGACCGGGUCGGCGGUGGCGUGUUCCGUCACAAAGCCUGGACAGUGUCACCAGACAUCGGCUUCGACGAAAAGAAAACUUCCGAGGCUUCGCCCGAACUCGAGCCGAAGCUGAUGAGCUCUGCAGACAGUUCCGACAGCCCGCGCAUAGUGUUCUCGCCUAUCCUGGACUUUCCCGAAAUCAACGGAUCUCCCCGUGCGGACGAAGGAGCGAGAAAGCCCCACAUGUGUCGUCGGUGUCGUGUGUGCCGCAAGAUGGCGCAAACGUCGCCGAAAAGGCAUCACGGCGGAGAAGGACGCCGCCGACGCCACCGCGGCCCCGAGCAACAGGCAGCGAGAGCUGACGCAGUUCCUGCUACGCUGGAUGCCGGGAAAGCCACGGAUGGCGUUCAGCUCGUAUCACCCGAUGCGUUCUCGGAACAACCGCACGGCGUUGCCUCCGACCUCGUUGAAACGGCUCUUUCUCCCGGAGAGGGCAGCAAGCCGUCUAUGUCAUCGUCGAUGUCUCCAUCUUCGCCUUCGCUGCCAGAGGGUCGGGCCUCGCAGACGACACUGCCCGCGCUGGACCGACAGGCUGCGAGUUCUGACGAGACCAAGGCGACGGCGACAACGGCGGAAUCGCAGGUUCAUCGCGGCAACCAGGGCACCUCUGCCCGAGUCGGGCCGAAAACGCGCGUGAACGCGAGCUUCGCCGGCGAAAGCGGUGCAGCCGACCGCGACGAGCGUGGCAAGCAAGCAAGACCAGACGGCAGAAACCAGCAACGCCCAAGUGAGGCCCAGCCGGGCAGCGAGAUCCCCUCGGCCGGCUCGCCGCCCCCGAUGAUGCUGCCCGGCACGGCCACCGUGCGCAACCUGGACGCGGCGCUGUCGCCCAAGGGUCCGCGGUCGCGGCUGCCCGACAGCCUGCCGAUGGGCCGCUUCCAGCUCAUGAUCCUCGCCUGCGCCCAGCUGUCGGCCGCCGUGGACGCGUACCAGAUCCUGAGCGCGCGCCUGCUGGCCCCGCCCGUGGACCACUGGUGCCGGCCGUCGGCCGAGUUCGCGCACAUGUCGGCCGACCUCUGGAGGAACGUCGGCGUCCCGCUGGGCAGCGACGGCCGCUUCAACCAGUGCGCCGUCUACGAGCAGCCUUUCGGUCCCCAGCAAUCCGGGCUCUCGCUAGACUCGGAGCGGCAGGCGGUACCGUGUCACGACUGGGACUACGACCUGGCGCCCGGAGUGCAGACCAUGGUGAGCCGCUGGAACCUCGUCUGCGACUACGCCUGGCAGGUGACGCUCACCAGAGUCUACCAGAUCGUCGGCAGCUUCGUCAUGCUGCCGCUGGCGGGUCAGCUGAGCGACAAGGUGGGCCGACGCGUCGUCAUCAACUUCUGCGUCAUCCUCGCCAUGUGCGCCGGCCUGGUGGUCGCGUACGCCGAGUCCUUCGUCGUCUUCGUCGCGUCGCGCAUGUUCGUCGGCGCCUCCGUGAGCACGCUGCGCAUCAACACGCUCAUCCUGCUCUUCGAAGCGGUGACGCCGACGUGCCGCGACCUGUACUGCUGCCUCGCGCAGCUGGGACUGAUCGCGGGCAGCGUUGUGGCCACCUCGCUCGAGGGCGGAGUCGUCGACGUGCGCGUAGUCGAGGUAGUGGGCAUCAUGCCGAUGUCGUUGCUCGUCUUCUGCUUCUACGCGGCAGAAGAGUCGCCCAUGUGGCUGCUGGCCACCUGGAACGUCGUCAGGGCCAAGGAGAUCCUGCUCUGGAUGUCUCGCGUCAACGGCGUCGCUGUCACCAUCGACAUGCCCGCUGUGAGCCACGACUACGGCACGAAGCGCGCCGAAGAGCUGCGGGCGCUCUACCGCGUCAGCGUCCUCGACCUGCUCACCAACGACGCCCUGCGAAGGCGAGUCGGCGGCAUGAUGUGCGUCUGGUUCUUCCUGCUCUUUGCGAUGCACGGCGUGCUGCGACACACGCCGAGGCACACCGACGUCUGGCUCGUGCUCACUGCCGUGGUGCCCCGCGCGGCUGCGCUGCCUGCGGCUUACAAGCUGCUGCGUGGCUCCAGCCGCAAGGCGGCACUGGGGAUGUGCGUCGCUCUAUCCUGCUGCCUUUCGUUCAGCCUGGCGCUCCUCACACUGCUGGCUCCGCCCAAGAACAAAGGUGUGACGACGCUGUUCUGCGAGCUGACCCUGUCCGCCCUGGGGAUGGCCUACACGGCGGUGGUCAUGUACAGCCUCGAGAUGUUCCCCACCGUGAUUCGAACGAUGGCCGUCUGCACCGUGAUGUCGUCUGGUCGUGUCGGAGCUGCCCUGUCCACCGGCAUCGACGCGGCCCUCCAGCGCUUCCACCGCAGUGCGCCGCUCUUUCUGGGCGCGCUGUCGCUGGUCGCCGCGCAGGUUGCCGUGGUCAGCCUCCCCGAGACCAAGUACAGCCGGCUGCCGAACACGAUGUACGACCUCGAAGCCAACGUGGUCAAGCAGGUGGUACUCGACAUACUGCAGAACAGUACCCCGCGCAAUGCGGUGCAGCAAGCCGAAACCAGCACUCCAGAGAGAAAGUGCACGACCACGGGGCGAUGAAUGGUUUUUAGUGCGUGCGCUUUGAAUUAACAAAAGUACAUUUCAGUUGCAUGUACGUUAACAUUUAUUGUAUGUUUACCGAACCAUGAACGUAACAUCAUUAUUUCUCAUCCUAAUUGCAUGUGUUUCUUUAAAUUUUAGUGCGUGAUUUGUGAUACGAAUGGUGACGGACUAGCACCCUGUGUCUUCAUGGACCGUUCUUCUCAGAAGGGCAACAACGUUUACCAGAAAAAAAUACUGGCUUUAUCUGGCGCUUUCGUUUGACUAUAGCUCCUACAGCAACGAAUCACUGUAUGCGUCGCCAUCUUGCGUCACUUUUCUAUGUUCGCGAGUCUCGCACGCGACUAUAGUUAAGUCCGGGUUCUGGAGCGUAUCCUCGAUGCUCCAGACUGACUCCUGUGAAUGUGUGCACGCCACACGUGUGUGAGCGAGAACGUGUGUUCGCUUAGCGCGUUCUACAGUGAAUAUACUGUUUUACCAUAAGGAUGAGGAUAUUGGGAAAACGUUUGGUGCAUAAAAGAAUUAGCGUGUUCUUUUUUUUCUCAGUUUCGGGCUUUCACGAGACUACCGGUCACCACUGAGCACAUGUUGCCUACAGAACAUGCGCGUAUCGAGCUAACAA